AUGCCUCAACGCGAACGCAUCCCUACAUACUGGGGCCCUGAUGCCUCCACCAAGGACCCAUCGAAACCCUCAGUGCACCUCAAGUGCAAUGACUCUACUCUCCCCUUCGAAUUCUCUUUCGAAGCUGUCCGACCUAACGUCUUCCGCACAACCUUCACCUCUCCAACCCACCCCACACCUCCUCAUCCCGGCGUCCCCCGCGCUGAGACAAAGCUGGAUGGUGCCAAACCCAAUGUGACCUCUUCUGAGAAGGGCACCAAGAUCCAGAUCGGCGACGUCAUUGCCAAUGUCGACUACUCUGGCGAAACUCCUCUUCUUUCCGUCGGGUUUGAAGGACAGCCACCUAUUCUUGAAGAUCUGCCCAAUCGAUCUUACUGUAUGAACGGUGAUGGUGUUGCGCAUUAUACUCUGUAUAAUCGCAAGACCUUCCACGCUGGACUUGGCGAGAAGGCUGCGCCUAUGGAUCUCUCUGGUCGACGCUUCCAGCUAUCAGCAACAGAUAGUUUCGGAUAUGAUGUGCACCGAACAGAUCCUUUGUACAAGAACAUACCACUCCUGAUCAAUGCUACUCCUCAGGGCUGUGUAGCCAUGUUCUCAACCAGCCACACUCGUGGUGAAUACUCCAUCGGCUCAGAGAUGGACGGCAUGUGGGGUUUCUACAAGGUCUAUCGCCAAGACUUUGGUGGUCUCGAGGAGUACAUCAUCACUGGCAAGACUCUCAAGGAUAUUGUCCAGACGUACGCUGAGCUAGCGGGCUUCCCUCUUCUUGUACCCCGCUGGGCUUUCGGAUAUCUGUCUGGUGGCAUGAAGUACUCUAUGCUCGACAGCCCUCCUGCAGGCGAAGCUCUCAUCGAGCUAGCCAACAAGAUGAAGGAGCAUGAUAUUCCCUGUUCAGCCUACCAGAUGUCAUCCGGAUACACCGUUGCCGAGCACCCUCCCAAGAACAGACACGUCUUUACCUGGAAUAACCACCGAUUCCCUGACCCUGAAGACUGGAUCAAGCAAUACCACAAGCUCGGCAUGCGUCUCAUUGCGAACGUGAAGCCUUACCUCACAGCAUCUCACCCAGAGUACGAGAAGCUCAAGGAGGCCGGCGGUUUGUUUACUGAUUCGCACACCAAGAAGGCAGCUGUCACAAAGCUGUGGAGCGCUGGUGGUGGUGAGAGAGAUGAUGGUGGACACAUUGACUUUACCUCUGAAGCUGGUUACAAUUGGUGGUAUAAUGGUAUCAAGAAGCUAGCGGAAGAAGGUAUCGAUUGUAUGUGGAAUGACAACAACGAGUACACUAUUCCCGACGACGAGUGGCAGUGUGCUCUCAACGUUGGAAAGGAUAUCCUCAAUGUCCCCGAGGGUCUUGAGAAGCGACCUCAAGUAGGCCUCUGGGGCCGCAGUCUCCACACUGAGCUCAACGGCAAGGCCUCACACGACGCUCUUCUGGCCGUGAACCCCGACUCUCGCCCCUUCGUUCUCACCCGCAGUGCCACAGCUGGUACUCUACGCUAUGCUUGCAGUUCAUGGAGUGGCGACAACACAACUAGCUGGGACAGCAUGCGAGGCUCAACGGCUUUGUCUCUGACUGCUGGUAUGUGUCUGAUGCAGUGCUACGGACACGACAUUGGUGGUUUUGAAGGUCCCCAGCCCACCCCCGAGCUUUUGCUUCGCUGGGUUCAGCUCGGUAUCUACUCUCCACGAUUCGCUAUCAACUGCUUCAAGACUGGCGACGACAACUCCAUUGGCGAUGUCAUUGAGCCCUGGAUGCAUCCCUCCAUCACCCAUCUCGUGCGCAAGACCAUAAAGCGCCGCUACGCCAUGAUUCCUUACAUCUACUCUCUCGCGCUAGAGAGCCACAAGAGCGCUUUGCCUCCCCAGAGAUGGGUUGGAUGGGGCUACGAGUCUGACCCUGAGGUCUGGAACCUUCUUGACGGAGAGAAACAGUACUGGUUGGGUGACUCCAUGCUUGUUGGAGGAGUAUUUGAGUCUGGAGCCAGCAAGGCUAGAAUCUACCUCCCCAAGGCAUCCGACGACGAUGAGGGUUACCUGAACCUCAACGCACCUUACCAAUACCUCGAGGCCGGCCAAUGGGUUGACAUCGACGCAGAGUGGUCAGGCGCCGGAAUUCCCGUUCUCGGAAAGGUCGGCCGUGCCAUUCCGGUCGGUCGUGACGUCCAAGUCCUUUCACCCGGUGAGAAGGAGAACGUUGCAGACCUUCCCCUCGACGACUACCGAGCUGUCGAGAUCUUCCCUCCCAAGAAGGCGUCCAAGGGUGGAAAGUGGCACGAGACUGUCUGGUAUGAGGACGAUGGAACAUCGGCGGCUACCAAGAACAAGAUCUCUUCUUACACGCUUUCUUACACUGCUACGGAGACUGAGAUCAAGGUCAAGUUCUCGAGAGAUGAGAGCUCAGGCUUUGAAGCGCCUUGGAAGACUCUUGUCGUUAUCCUGCCACCAGGUGACCAGCGAAAGGUUGUUAGUGAGGAGUCAAAGGAAGUUGUGUCUUUGGGAGUGAGUGAUGAGGGCAGAAUGCAAUUCGAGCUGAAGUAG